AUGUGUUCUUUAGACGUCGUACUGGAAGCAAUUAAAAGCAUUAACAAACUAAACCACUCAAUUGAAGGUCAGAGAGGAAGUCAGUAUGUCAGAAAAUGUUCCUCUCCCAACUGGGAUGCAGCACAGUGUGGGAACGUGACAGUCCACGUGGACUUUUCUCCAGCGUUCAAUAGUGUUCCGUACGUCAUGUUCGGCGUCAGCAAAGUGGACGCUGAGCAGAGCCACAACACAAGGUUCCAAGCCUUUGCUAGCAAUAUAGCGAAAACUGGCUUCAAUUACCACAUUGACACGUGGAGAGACUCUGAAUUAUGGGGGUCCAUAUUUGAAUGGCUGGCAUGUCCGUAUUAG